GAGGUUUCGGAGCCUACGUGUUCUUCGGCGCUGAGCAGGACGCCGAGAUGGAGGUGAAUCUCAUCAGGAACGAGACCUCGCGCCUGGAGCUGGAGACGACGCUCAACAAUAGGCCAGUGAUCAAGAAUCGACCGAGGCUUCCGAAGAAACAGCUCGAGAAGACGAAGUACCUAGAGGUGGAGAAAUCCAUCGAGAGGCAGGAGCAAGUCCAUCAUGUGAAGCUACCGAGCUGGCCAACCCUGGAGAAGCUAGACGACUGGAUCCUCAUGAGUGUGAAGCAGAGCUCCUCCAAGGGCUUCGGUAUUCUGGACAUCGGCGCGACCUCCAGCAUCAUGGGCAUCGAGGCCGCCGAGAACCUACGCGAUAUCAUCUAUGAGCAGACGGGCAAGAACAUCAAGAUGGACGUUAGCCAGAAGAGUACCUUUAUCUUUGGAGACGGCAACGCCAAGACCUGCACCGGCAAGGCAACCUUUCCUCUGAUGAUCGCCGGUGUGGACGGCGAGCUCGAGAUAAACAUCCUCGACGCAGAUGCCCCGCUCUUGAUCGGAGUGGAUGUUUUGAGCCGCCUAGGAGCUGUGAUCGACUGCGAGGCACAUUCUGUCUACUUCAAGAAGCUCGGGCGCCGAGCUGAACUGCUCGUCCUUCCGAGCGGCCUCAUGUACAUCAUCAUCAUUUACGAGUACGGGGGCACCAUCACCAAUUACGCGUACAGCAACAUCAUCAUCAUUUACCAGUACGGGGACAUCAUUGAUUACGUCGGGGACAUCAUCACUUACGUCCGGGACAUCAUCCGUAUCAGCCCCGGCUCCAUCACCUACAGCAUUAUCGGAGUUAUCUCCAGAGCCCUGAGCUCCGACAACAUCCAGUUGGCCCUACAUUUUCGCAUGAGCCUCAACCGCGAGGCGAAAUGUCGCAAAGCAGAGAGCCAGCAGAUCAAGCUGGAGAACGAGGAGAUGGACGGCCCUUGGGAGCAGGUGGAUGUUCGGGCCUCGCUACGGGACUCGGGAUCAUCGGCGGCGACCUCCACGUCGACGCCGGCACGGCCCACACUACCACGGAUGCAGCCGCAGGGGCGACUGAUCGCUCAUCAGGACGCGAGGGGCCACAUCUUCUACACGAUCGAGGGCUCGGAGCAGGACAAAAGCACGAAGCGGAUGACGGACACCUUCCUGCAGGAGCACCUACCGAACUGGGAGAUGUGGUCCAGCAAGCUUCUCCAGCAGUGGACGCAGUGCCGUCGCUGGGGACGAAUCAUCCAGAAGGUUUUCAUCAAGACGAUCGAUCGUGUGAACUGGAAACUGGACAGCCUCGGACUACCUGUGCAGUUGCUACCCGAGAGGUACCCGACCUGGCCGGCGGACAUCGAGCAUCGUGCGAAGAUCGAGCCGCGCCAGCCGUGCACGGAGCCGAAGCCGCGCCCCCUGUCCCAGAAGUCAGCAGCCUCAGCAGCCGCGCGCGAGCAGAAUCAAGAGCUGCGAGCCACCAUCGAGACCGCAAAGUUAGAUUUCUUGACCAAGUUUGCGGAGGUGGAUGCGUUCGCAGCACUGAGCUCGGAGCAGAUCCACGAGCAGCUCAGCAUGGUUACGUUGAUCAAUCACCUCAAGCCGCUGUGCAAGAUGUGGGGACUGACCCAGACUGGCAAGAAGGAGGAGGUGAUCGACAAGCUCAUCGCGUACAUCAUCGAGCAGCGCGGCACGGCGGCAGCGACUAUCCAGAUCAAGAAGGAGAUGGAGACCAAGAAGAUGGAGACGACGGCAAUGCCCGUGGGCCCGGCGAUCUCAGCUCACUACACUCAGAUGUGCCAGCACCCGGACUGCAAGCUACGCCGAGGCAUCGCCAAGAACGAGCCGAUCGUGAAGAUGAGGCUCUACGGUUGGUGCCACCAGGCGUGUGCGGUCAGGUCGGCCAUUUUUGGAGCCAUGUGCGCCCUCGCAACCUUCGGCCGCCUGACGAUGGUCGAAGCGUGCACCCACGAGGACUCGAAUCUCGGGAAGGUGUGCGACGAGAAGGGCUACCACUACGAGCGGCUCGGCCUCUUCAACGAGAACGACCUCAGCAAGCCGCAGGGCUACCACAAGGCGAAGUUCCUGCUAGACGAGAAGCGCCCGGAGCUCUUCGUCAGUACACCACCCUGCGGUCCAUGGUCGAUAAUGCAGAACGUCAACCAGCGCAACGAUCAACAGAAGGAAAACCUUCGCAGGAAGCGGCUCAAGAGCCAGCGGAUCUUCGAGAACAACAAGAGGCUCAUCGAGCACCAGGUGCUCAAUCUGAACGGCUCGGCCCUCGCCGAGCAGCCCCACAACAGUCGUUCGUGGCAGAAGACCUGCUGGAAGGAUCUCCACAAGAUCCUACCGUACGAGGUGAUCGUGGAUGGCUGCGCCUGCGGACUACGAGCCCCUGACACGGGCGAGCUCAUGAAGAAGCGCUGGAAGUUCUUGACGAAUGACAGGAGGAUCUGGGUAGCUCUACAACCUCUACAGUGCCGUGGAGGACACUACCACGAGGAGAUAGAGAGCAGCUUGAGGACCGAGGCCUCGGGCUCCUACCCCAAGAUGCUGUGCCGCCGGAUCCUCAGGGCUCUGACCAAGAGCCAGAACCAGAACUACUUCGAGGACGAGGUUGUGAACUGCCUCUGCAUGGCAGCUACCCAGCAGCCACCGACAGAGCCUACGCCAGAGGAGGACGAGCCGACUCUCCCACCACGAGACGGCAAGGAAGCGCACAACCUCACCAACGAGACGGUCAAGAAGCUCGAGAGCUACAUCAGAUUGGUGCUUUUUGACGCUUUGUCGUGGAUCCGUCGCAGCACGAACACGAACGUGAUGGCGCUGGCGAUACUCGACGCCGGCUCGGACAUCCUCUACGUGCGGCUGAUCGACGAGAAGCCGAUCCCAGGUACUACCCGGCAAGUUCGUGCAGGCGACCUUCGGCAUAUCUUUGCUACAAAAUGGUUCCCCUGGAUGGGACGCCCGAAGGUCAUGCGCUACGACCCUGCCGGCAGCGCCAUCUCCGACGAGUUCCGCGAGUGGAUCGAGAGCCAGGGAGUCUACUGUCUCCCAUGCGCGGCCGACGCUCACUGGCAGAUCGGCAAGAUCGAGCGUGCCAUUGAAGCCUUCAAGGAGGCCCUCGACGCUUUCGACGAGAUGGUCUCAGCCGAAGUACCCACCAGCGAGAUGUUCGGACUCCAGACGGCGGCCAGGAACGACCUGAUCAGGAUCGACGGGUUCAGCCCGCUGCAGCGCUAUGCGGGACGGACGCCGACUGGGACGACAGUCAAUCUGUCGGACGAGCCAAACAACCUGCCGCUCAUCAGUGCCGAGCUGCAGGACGGUACCUUCAGCAGGGACGCCCAUGUACGACGAAUGGCGCGGCUGGCUCACAUCCAGACCGAGAACUCCGACCGAGUCAAGCGAGCGGAGGCCGCGCGCUUCAGGUCCUUCAAGAAGUACGAGACGGGCGAUCUGGACGCUGGUACGGACCUGGAAGAGUACUUUGUCACGAGCCAGCGAGCUCGGGACACCGACCUGGUCUACCUGGAACGGUGGUCAAUAUCACACUGGCUGGCCGCCUCUACCGAGUUGCUCCAGAACAACUUCGACCUGCCACCGGACCCUGGGCCAUUUCUGAAGACGAGGAUCGUCCUGUACCACAAGGAGAUCCUCGUAGUCUUGACCCAGGAGGUGGCGGAGGCAGCGGAGGUGGCGGAGCCUUGGCGGCGCCACCAGGACUGGAAGAGCGACCUCUACCUGGACCACGACCUCCCCGACGUAUGCAUUCCACAGGAAGGCGGCCACGAAGCUGGACUACCCGAGGCAGCUGAGCAGCCCAUCGAGGAGGAGAUCGUCAUGGAAGCCCCUCCUGGCGACGACCAGGAGGAGCGCGCGUCGCAGCGGCCCAUCGUGGCGGAGACUGACGAUGACCUUGACGAUAUCUCAGCGCCCGACAUGAACGAUAAGCGCCGGAUCCGAGAGCCCGGCACCACCGAGCCCCCGGCUAAGAAGCAGCGGGUCAACGCUGCGACCCAGGAGGCCUUCUCCUACUACCUACAGGAGGGCAACUUCUACAGCGACUAUGCCUACAGUGUCCAGCAGUACGACGAUAUGAAGGAGAACGACGAACUUAUCGUGCUGGAUAUCCCUGUCAGCAACGAGCAUGCGUUCAUGGCCUACAUGGACGAUCCCAGCAACUUCGUGGCAUCGCAGGCCCGCAAGGGCCGAGUGGAGGUCUCAUUUAAGAAGGCGACGCCUGAGGAGAAGAAGCUGCUACUCGAGGCCCAGCAGAAGGAGUGCACCUCAGUCCUCAGCACGAAAGCCGUCAGGAUCCUCAGCCGACAGGGGAUCGACCCGGCGCGCCUGCUGCGCUGUCGCUUCGUGCUGACCUGGAAGAAGGACACGCUCAAGACGCUGCAGCUGGAAGUGAUACAGUGCGAGCCGUGCGUCUGGGUCAUUCGAGACGGCACGAAGCUGGUUGGCAUGGUUAUCCUACACGUCGACGACAUGAUGAUCGCCGGCGACCAUCACAACUCGGCAUUCCUCAAGAAACGACAGCAGAUACAACAGGCCUUCGAGUGGACACCUUGGGAGAGCCGAGCGUUUGUGCAGUGCGGCAUCAGUAUUCGACAGAACGAGGACUACACCUGCAGUCUCGCACAGGACAGCUACAGCCUGAACGUGGAGCCCAUCAAGAUACGACGUGGACGCAAGCCCACGGAAGGAGUUUCAGACAAAGAGAGAUCAGAUCUACGAGGCCGACUUGGUACAGUCGGAUGGCGAGCUCAGCAGUCGGCCCCGUGGCUCAGUGCAGAAGUCUCUCUACUCCAAGCGGAGAUACCUACGGCGACGGUCUCUACCAUCCAGAAGAUCAACAAGCUGAUCCGCACCAUGAAUGACACUGCUGACGUAGUCAUGCUCAUCCCGGCCAUCGAGCAGAUAGCUGUGGUUGGCUGGGGCGAUGCUGCCUGGGCCGCUCGUAUUACUGGCGAGUCCCAGGGUGGCGAGAUGAUCGUGCUGGCACCACUGUCUUUCCUGAGUGGCUCGACAGAGACGGUAGCGCCUAUCUCAUGGAGAUCAUGCAAGCUACCGCGAGUGGCCAGAAGCAGUACGAGUGCGGAGGUUCAGAUGAUGACAGAGACCCUCGACGAGAUCAGCUACGUGCGCCUGUUCAUCUAUGAGUUAGAGUGCGGCCAAGUGGACUACACCAACAAGCAACACGUGAACGACGCCAUCUCAUCCUGCCCUGGCGUACUGGUCACAGACGGUAAGUCAGGCUACGACGCGAUCGAGAAGAGCGAGUCAGCUGGUCUCGGCCUACGUGACAAGCGGACGAGCAUCGAGUGUCUAGGCAUUCGACAGCAGAAGGAGCAGACGGCCCUCCAGAUACGCUGGGUCCACAGCGAUGCCAUGCUAGCCGACGGCCUCACCAAGGAUCGAGCCGCCAAGGUCUUGCUGGAGUUCUUUCGGUCAGGUCAGCGCUGGAGACUCGUGGACGACCCACUGCACCGCAGUGCCCGGAAGCGCAAGACCGAGGGCAUGGACAG